CAACUUCGAAGGACAACCCCAUCGUCCUGACUCGCCGUAUACGCGCUCCCGGACCCCAUCAACCACCAUGGGACAGACGCCAUCCUCAUCACCUCGGGAGCGGCGAAGAUCUAGAGUAACAUCAGAUCUCUCGUUCUAUCUCGCACUACCCUCCCUGUCGGACCUAUUGUCAAAGCCACGGAUCCUCCUACGUCUCCUGGCCAACGGACUCGUUUUGGGUGACAUUGUGGCGCUUAUGCAAACUUGUCGUAAAACAAGAGAGGCUUUGACACAUGAUGGGGAGAUACGAGAGAUUAUCUUUGAACGGACUAUACCUGGCUAUCGACGAAAGAUAAGCGAUUAUACCCUCGACGAGGACGUUUCUGCGACCAUGGUAGAUUAUGAGCUACUUGGGGAAUCAUUGGCCAUGCCCCUUCACCGAUAUCCAACUCACGCAUUGCAAAUUCUUACCUCACCACCAUCUGCCAUACCGAGCGUGGAAGCUCAGCAAAUAACGCAAUACUUGGAAGCGCUUACCCAAGUACACUCGAGAUUUGUGCUCCUGCUGCGGUCCCGAGGGCCUAGAUGGUCACUCCAGCUGGAAUUGGAUGAUCCCAGCUGGCUCGUGUCGAAUGGUGGUGGUGGUGCCAACGCGUUGGGUCAGGGACGGCAGAAUGCACACUUGUGGCAUCGUGGACCUCCCAGAGAAAUCGUCUUCCCAACUCCUCUAUGGGGAGGCGAUGAUGACAAUUCGCCGCCAUCCCCUCUCACCAUACGCUCAACCCCGCCGUCAGUUCCCAAGCGCAGCACAACCAAGCGGCGGUCGUCUGUCCUUGUCAACCUCAGGAGGUCCAACUCCCGCGCCCCGCCGCCACCGCCAAAUCCCGUGCCUGCUGCGCUGUCUUACUAUCGCCAGCCACAGUUGAUCGUUCCACCUAAUCGACGAGCUUCUUUUUCGCGUUCGCUGGACUCUUUCGUUGGCGGUCCUACCUUCCCUGGAUUGCCCCCAUUCGGGCACAGUCCAUCCAACAACUUGACUUAUCCUCAUGGCUCCGCCCCUCCCGCUGUUGUGUCCUCUCAGACAUGGCCGCGUUCGACGCCUUCUCCACCCCUAAUUUCCCCAUCACCACCGUCUCCCACGGGUUCGGGCUCCCCCUCAGGCUCCGACUACUCGCCUCCGUCCCUCUCCCAUGUAACGCUCCCGCCGAUGCAACCGCAUUCACAGUUCUGGGGCUCUCAUGGCUUGCCUCCUAUCACUUCACCUCACGACCUGCAUCUAGCAUGUCUUCCAACUCGAGCAGCUGUCAUUCGCGUGUUUGUUCCUUGUGCUUCGCUCUCCCCCUCCGCUUUGCUGGCAUGUGAAGGACAACUUUUCGCAUCCGGUCUCUGGCAUUUUCUCCAUCCUGGCGACGUGGUGUGCAACCUGGGAUAUAUUCCGCAUGCCGGGUCAAAGUCGACAUCUCCUCAAUCAUCCUCGGCUGAGAUACCGGUUGAUCCCAUGCAGGGUGAUGAGGACGCACCUCGAGGUUGGCUCUUGUACACGGGCACGUCACUAGUGCCAUACUACCCUCCCGCUCCUCCACCGCUGAAAAAUCCCCUCUCUCUUCCCACUCCAACCUAUUAUACGCACCUGUCGACCACCGCCCCUAGGUUCCUCCUGACCCUUCCGGGGAAACCAAUAGACCGACCAACACUUCAGGCAUCCAUCAUGACUCUUCCACCUCCACACUUGGGCGCCAAUGUCAAGAUACAAGUGUGGCGGGCUCGCAUCACCGUGCCUGGGGAUAUGAUAGUGUACCCGAAUGACAGCAUGCAAGGCACUUAUAUCGGGCCGGGAUGGGCAGGAGAAUGGGUAGUUGAGGCAGACGGGACGAAGGAAGGGCUGAGCGCGUUGAUGGAUGCCGAAGAGGGAGGUGAAAGAGUAUGGGAGGUGGUCAAGGGCAGGAGUCGACCUGGCAGAGUCUGGCUGAGACUUAUCAGCACUCCUUCUCCUCCCAGGAGUGAAGAAAAGCCACAAGAGCUCAUGCAGCGCCUAAAGUAGUCACUGUUGAGCAGAUCGCUACUCGAAAAAGGAAGCCAUGUCGAUCGCUUUAUAUCACCUUUCACGACACCCACGAACGUUCUCAAGCCCCGCCAUUUAUUUAUUACUUAGAGUUUUCAAGCUCACCGUCCUUGCCGCCAUUGCGGAAUCGCGAUUAUAUCCACCUUCUGACUUUAUAAUAGCCUGUGAGGGUUGUCAUUCCUUCUUCGCUGCAUGUUGCAUUCACAAUUCUUUUUGGACUUUCCACUUCAUCUGUUUUUAUUCAUCGCGUGGACUUUAAGUGGCUUGCUCGGGGACUAUCACAAUUAUUUUGGCGGAUGUCAUCCUUGCUGUUAUUUCCCAUGUUCUUUAUGUGCUGGAAUGUUGGACUUUUUUCUUGCAGCUGUCGUGUCAAUUCCCUAAUCUAGUCAUUGUACGGACGUGGAUCUGAGCAAGUACAAUAGAAC